AUGGAUCCAUCGGAAGAUAAAAUUGUACAAGACUGUAUCCAUCUUCGCUCAAAUACCACCUCUACUAAUAAUGUUAUUGUAGAGCGUGGCCUUCGCUGGUUAAGGCAUGUUCUACUUCGUCCACCACAGGAGUUGACGCAUAUUUCGUUAUUUGCUAAACCGUGUGAUUGUUGGCCUCAAAAACGAGGAAGGUCAAGACCUGGACUGAUUUAG